AUAACUAACAGUGUAGCUUCUCAUAUUAUUUUCAAUCCAAAGUAGUCUCAACAUGUUGCAUUGUGUAUGCACUACCUUGCGAAAUCAGUUGUUUUGUGCACGACCACCCUAAUGCAACAUAGCGUUCCGCCGAAAUAUGAGCGCAGAAAAGCUUUCUACGCGACGCUCAAGUCACCGAAAAAGUCCAACACUGCGAACGCUGUUAGUUAUUUGAAUUACGAUUCUCCAAUCAGAUCGCUAUCGCUUUCGGAUGCGAACGCUUCAGAAAAGUGACGCUAACGCAAAAUCAAAACACACAAUUUCGUUUCACUACAAAUAAUAACAUAAACAAUAUGCAUAAUCCCGACUACGUGCCGGCGUCGAACAGUAGCAGCGUGUCUCCGCGCAUUGGCGGUGGCUAUCUGCCGACUCCAACAGCACCGACGGCCGAUUUUCAACCGCUGCAUGUGCGCUUCACCAGCGAACAACUGGCGCCCGAACAGCACAAGCUAGGUGAGCUGUUCGCGCAAAAAGUCGCCGCCAAAGAGUUCUUCUACGGCAUCGAGCUGUCGGCGCGUUCAUAUGGCAAACAACAAACAAUGCUGGACUACAAUGGCUUCGGCGCGCUGCUUCCGCUCUUCACCUCGCUCGUGUGGUUGGGGCAGGACUAUGCCAACAUCGAGGAUAUGGCGGCGGUGGAUGCCAUCAGUCUGGGACAAGAACUGCAACAACAUGUGGUGGUGAUGCCACACUUCACUUGCUAUCGCGCCGAUUCCAAGCGACUCGACGAUUUCUUAACGCUCAACUUCACGAAUAUUUUGGCGCUGCGCGGCGAUCAAGUGGUGCCGCAACAACAAUUCCAGCAUGCAAAAGAUUUGGUCGCGUAUAUACGCAGCAAACGCGGCGACACAGUAUCUAUUGGUGUUGGUGGUUAUCCAGAAGGACAUCCGGAAUCGAAAUCAAUGGAGGAAGACAUGCAGUACCUCAAGGAGAAGGUGAAUGCCGGCGCCGACUUUAUCAUAACGCAGAUUUGCUUCUCUCCCGAGUCCAUCAUACGUUUUGUGCAGAGAUGUCGCGAGAAUGGCAUCACUGUGCCGAUCAUUGUUGGCGUUAUCGUGCCGGAUAACAUGCGCAUCUUGCAGUUCAUAAUGAAAAUCGUAAAGGCGGUGAUUCCCGAAGACCUUUUGAGUAAAUACAAGGAAUUGGAGGACGACCGCAAAGCGUUCCAAGCAUUUGCGGUGGAAAAUGCGGUGCGCACAGUGCAAAUGUUGCUGGACAGCAAUUUAGAAGUUUAUGGCUUUCAAUUCUUCACCAUGAAUCGCUUGAAAAAUGUGCAGCAGGUGAUUCACCAAAUCCUCAGUUUGAAUGAGACACAAAGUACAUAACUGCUUUAAGUUCUUUGUAUUAGCACAAUUUCACUAAUUUCAAACAAGACUGUAAAUAGUAAAUUAUAUUU